CACCCAACCGGAGACGGAUUUCCGAACCGAAGUGUAGCAAGCCUGUACUGUACUUUGUUUACGUCCAGUUGGUUAGCUGACAGCUGUUGUAGAGCUUUACCCUCACAAACAACCGUGUCUGUAUGUCUCUAGUGGUUGCCUGGGACUUCGCAAACUUUAAACCGAGUGUUCUGGAUGCCCUGGAUGGGAUGUUUUGUUGAAUGAGGGGGACCCGCUAGAUGCCGACAGGAGGAUGAACUCCAUCACCGGUCGGGUUCUCGCCAUCCCCGCCGCCUCUGUCACCAACUCUGGAGCUUCAUCCUCUCGAGCAUUACAUGUAGAGCUCACAUCCCAGCAGAGACGGUUGCGUCAUCUUCGGAGCAUCGCGGCCAGAAACAUUGUCAACAAGAAUGGCUCCCCGCUGCUGGACACUUACUUCACCCUCCACCUCUGUAUAGGAGACCGCAUCUCUAGAGAUUUUUACAAGAGUGAAGUCAUACGAGACUCGCUGAAUCCGACGUGGCGGAGCCUGGACUUUGGCAUGCUGCCGGACCUUCUGGACACCUCGGUGUCUUGCUUCGUGGUGAGGAUCUGGGGAGGACAGGAGGAACAGUACCAGCUCCUCAUAGAAUGGAAGGUCAAUCUGGAUGGCCUCAGAUACACAGGGCAGCAGAUUCGGUCCAGGAAUCCAAAUGAGAUAAUAUUUGGAUUGAAUGAUGGCUACUAUGCAGCUGACUUUGAUCAUAAGGAUCAGUCAGAGCGGAAGAAAAACAGUCUGCUUCAAGUCGACCAGAGUUCAGUCAGAAACUCCUACAGUGUGUUCUCUUUGCUCAGACUUCACACAGCCCAGAGAGCCAUCAAGCAGACCCAAGUGACAGUGCAAAAGAUCGGGAAGGAGAUCGAGGAAAAGCUAAGGACAACUGCAACCUGCACAGAGCGGAAGAAAGAGCGGGAGUGCAUGCAGCUGCGUAUAGCCGUGCUGCGCAGUGAACUGCAGCGGCAGAGGAAGGCGCUUGGCAGGGAGAUAGACCUGCGGCAGAAGGACAACGCACAGCUUCAGAAGAAAGAGGACGCAUUCUCUGCUCAGCACGAGGGUCUGAAGGAGGAGAAAGAAUCCUUAACCAAGCUGCAGAAGGAAUGCACUGCCAAGAGAGAGCAGUUCCUCAAGUCCAACGCCCAGCUCACCUUCCGCUGCCGCCAGCUCCUCUCUGAGCUUUCCUACAUCUACCCCAUAGAUGUGGCUAAUCAGUCCGAUUAUGUCAUCUGCGGAGUGAAGCUGCCAAACUCUGAAGAUUUUCAAGCUAAGGAUGAUGGGAGCGUGGCAGUCGCCCUGGGUUACACGUCGCACCUGGUCCUGAUGAUCUCGUGCUUCCUGCAGAUCCCUCUUCGGUAUCCGGUGAUCCACAAGGGUUCACGCUCCUCCAUCAAGGACACCAUCACCGACAGACUCACUGAGAAGGAGCGAGAAUUCCCUUUGUACCCCAGAGGAGAGCGCUUUCAUUUUGAAUAUGGUGUCUACUUACUCAACAAGAACAUUGCCCAGCUGAGAUAUCAACAUGGCUUGACCACCCCAGACCUGCAGCAGACAUUACCCAACCUAAAGAACUUUCUGGAGCAUGGUCUGCUGGUCCGAUGUGACAGACACCAGGUCUCAAGCUCCAUCCCAGUUCCGACUAAGUCUCAGCUUAGUGUGUCUGCUGCCUCAGAGACAGACUACCCCUGCCGAACCAGCUCCCCAGACCGAGGCCUUAGAAAAAGAGCGAGCUCGGAAGCCGACAAGUACAAGCCAACUCCUUCCCCCAGCCAUAACACAGCUGUGGGUGAAGAGCAGCCCCCGGUUGGCCUGGCACCACCCUCGCCUUCACCUAAACACCUAUCCUCCUCCCUUGAUGCCGGCAUGACCUCACUUAACCUGGCCAAGACUACGGAGUCCAACAAGGAGGGAGAGCAGAAGGAGGGCAAGGAGACAGCUGAGGAGGUGGAGAGACGCAGAAGCGUUGACAGAGACUUUGAGUUAGAAAAAGAAGAAGAGGCUGAGGUGCAACCGCCCACUGGCACCAUUUCGCCCAACUCUUUUACAGUGCAGGACACUUGUGACGAAACUGUUCCAACUAGUCAGCACACAGGAGCCAUGAAUGGCUCGUUGGUACCAGCACAGACACCUGUUAGCCUGGUCCCAGAGGUGCGUUGCUCUGUGGAGCAAGCUGAGGAGAUCAUGGGCACAGAGGCCACAGGUUUAGGUUUGGGGUUGGGGAUAGGGUUGGGGUUAGGGCUAGCAGAAGAGGCCCAGAUGGAAGACUACCGCUGCAUCCCUGUGGACCACGCAGUAGCUGUGGAGUGUGAUGAACAGGUGCUGGGAGAGCUGGACGUCGCUGGCUUUGAGGAGUUCUCCAGACGCAUCUAUGCACUAAAUGAGAACAUGUCCAGCUUCCGCAGGCCGCGCAAGAACUCCGAUAAGUGAGGAAGAGGACCUAAGGAGAGAUGGAGACACAAAAAAACUUGCACAGGGGUUUGGACAAAUACAGGGCAGGGACAUGAGGACAAGGGUGGGGUACCCACUCCCUUAUUGCAGCAUCAAAAAUCAUCUGAGCUAUUCUGGAAUAAUGACCAAUUUGCACUUGUAGACAGUUCCAUGGUAAUCUUUUAAAUGGAAUACAGUUAAAAGUGCAAGUAUCGGGACAGUAAGCAUUUCUUUUACUUUUGAUGCCAGCAUUAUUGUAUUUUUUAACAAUGGAUGGCGCAAUGAAUAAUCGUUCAGACAUUUUUAUUCACAAAAUAAUUUGGCCUCAGCGUUAACCAUACCCUCAUGAAGUCCUGUCAGUUAUUGUAGUGUGUUGGUCCAUAACAAGGGACCAUUAAUGUCAAAUGGAAAACUGUACAGCAUCACUCGUACUCUGUUAUCAAACUCUUAUUGCAAUAAAAGCCCUUAACUCCUCCUACAAAACAUAUUUAUCUCCUUUAAGAUUCACAUCCACACUCAGAGUGCAGCCUCAGAACAUCGGUGUGUAAAGAUAUUUCAAUGUAGCGGCUUUUUGUGAAAUUUCAUCAAUUAUAGAAUCAGUAACAAACAAUAGGCGCACACAUCGAAAGGUUUUAUCAACAUUAAUAAUCUUCACUAAGGACGCUGUCCCAGUACUUGCAGCUAUGAGUGUACAAAUAAAUGUUUAGACGCUCCCCGAGCCUUCAUUCAGGGUGCAUGGCAGUUGGUGUGUGCCGGAGGGAGGACGGGAUGUGUAUGUGUGUGCCGGGGCUUCACAUUAGCAUGCAACCACAGUCACACAAUCACAGUUAGGUUUCAAGUAACCCCACCAAUGACCUUUGGACGCGGUUUCACCACCACAAAGGGAGGUGGGAGCCGGAAGCAGUAGCCCAAUCAGAGACUCCCUAACUGUGUCCCACGGCACCCCCCCUCAGCAGCUCAAACCAGCCGUCAUUCACACGGAGUCAGGGUUCUCCUUCAGGUCUUUAGAUGAGGAUCAGGUGACAGGUUUGAGUGUACAGCACAUGGCAGGGAUACAGUGCAAAUCUUUUUCUGUCCAUCUCCGUGUUCUCUAGUUUUCUUGUUUUAUUUUUUUUUGAAUGUUAAUAAACCCCAUAAUUAUUAACAUCAAUGUUAAUGUUACGGCCACUGACUCAUAUUCAGUAGACCAAAAAUGAAAUUUUGUGUUCUGUUGGAAUGUCUCACUCAGGCUAUACUUUAAGUGUUAAUAGCAAGUGUCUCAAACCCAUUGUCUGUGAUUUUGUCCCAUGUCUCUAUGUUCUGAAUGCUUCUUGCACUGGUAUUCAAUUAUUGCGUUAUUUAUGUCUCAACGAUUUGUUUUGAAGAAAAUCAAUAUUUAGUUUUAUGUUACCCACUCACAUGGGAUGUCGCUAAUUAAUAAUGUCAAAUGUUAAACUGAUAUAACCAGUGUCUGCCCCUCAGUAAAAAGAUGGACUCUCCACCGGCUGCCCACUUUGUAUUUCAAAUGCAGUACCGUGGUGGCUGACUGUUUAGAAGUAUUGUAUUUAAAACUAAAAGAAGAACCAUGUUAAAUCAUUUCCAUAAAAUGCUAUACAGUUCAGUAAGUGACCAUGUACAGAUACUUUUGUAUGGAGGGUUUCUUUUGUUAUUAAAGACUUGCAGUCCAAUGGCA